AUGGCAAUGGACGAUUCACAUUCAUCUCUGUUCAACCUAGGUAUUCUCGACACUCUCACCCAAGACGAACUUCACGAAAUCCUCGACAGCUACGACGCCUUCUGCAACGCCACACAAUCUCUUCUCGGCGGUGCCGGCGACCUCUCAUACGGUGCUCAAUUUGUUUCCCAUGUUCACACCCUAUGCAAACACGGCCUCGAAUCACUAGUUCGCGACCACUUUCUCAGAGUAUUAGAGGAAACUUUUGAGCGAAAUGGGGCGUCCAGGUUUUGGCGGCACUUUGUUCCGUAUGCUGAUUUUGUUGAUUUGGACAAGCAUGGUGAUAUCAAUAUUGAUGAGGAUGAGAUUGAAAGUGUGUUGUAUAAUGCUUUGGAAGAAAUCUCUUUGGAGAAACAGUAUCAGGAGAAGUGUCUGUUAAUUAACUACAUUCAGGUAAUAUAUGCUAAAAUGGAAAUAGAGUUGUCGUAUAAUGACUUGGUUGAAAAGACAAGAGCCAGACAUUCAGAUAUUGAAUCCAGUUCAUCUUCAAAGACUACCGGUGGUUUGGGAAUGUAUUGGUGGAGAGGUGGUAGGCUUUCUCGAAAGUUGUUUAAUUGCAAGGUCCUUCCUCGUUCCUUUGUUACCAAGGCUGCUAGACAAGCUGGGUUUAGAAAGAUACCAGGUAUUUUAUAUCCUGAAAAUUCAGACUUUGCUAAGAGAAGCAGAUGUGUUUCCUGGCGAGCUGUUGUUGAGAUGUCAACAAGCGUUGAUCAGCUGGCUUUACAGGCUACUGCCUUAUACAAAUUAGUUGCGGAACGAGGUCCAUGGAGCUCUUUGUCCAGAUGGGCACUGGAAGCAUACUUAAAAGGUGAUGUUGGCAAGGCAUAUAUGUUGUAUUCAAGAAUGGCCGAGAUGGGCUAUGAGGUGGCACAAAGUAAUGCUGCUUGGAUUCUUGAUAAAUAUGGAGAACGAAGCAUGUGCAUGGGUGAAUCUGGACUUUGCACUGAUGCAGAAAGGCAUCAGCGGGCACACUCUUUGUGGUGGCAAGCUUCUGAGCAGGGUAACGAACAUGCUGCUUUACUAAUUGGAGACGCAUAUUACUAUGGCAUGGGAACUGUCAGGGAUUAUGACCGAGCUGCUGAGGCUUACAUGCAUGCCAAAUCGCAAUCUAAUGCACAGGCCAUGUUUAAUCUUGGGUACAUGCAUGAGCAUGGCCAAUGA